CAUCUCCUCCUCUCUUCUCCUCUCUUCUCAUCUCUCUCUCUCUCUCUCCCUCUCUCCCUCUCUCCCUUGUCAUUUAAGAGAGAGACGAGCCUCCUCUACGACUCCCUUUCUCCUUCACAGGUCACUUCAUCAUGAAAACUGAAGAAGAAAACUCCAGUUGAAGACUGAGAAGAAAGAGAAGAGUCUCUGAGAGAGUUAAAAGAUGUCUCGUGCCGUCCUUCAAACCGCUCAAAUUAUGCCUAUCAACUCUCAAAUCCCCAACAAAAGUCUCCAUUCUCAUCCUCAUCGCCCUUUCUUAUGCUCUAUUAGAAACCAUCGUCGAUCAAUCUCCGUUGGAAAAUCUGGGAAGUUUGUGGUGAUUAAUGGACCUGCUCUGGUGGACGGAGACUUCGCAGUUCACCUUGAGCGAUGCUUCAGGCUCUCCCCUGCUGAAUCAAAUUCCGGAUUUCCUUCAUCAUCCACAUCUUCGUCAUCUUUAUCUGUUAUGAUUGCUCCUGUUAUGAAGACUCAGUACGGCGCGUUAGGAACGGUGACUCUUGAGAAGUCGAAGCUCGAUUUGUCUCAGAAGCAAUCCAAGUCUAGCCCCGAGACUGCAAUUGGGGGAGGGGGUGGAGGUAUCGGAAAGAAAAUUAAUUUUGGUGGUGGUGAUGGGGGUGAUGAUGGUGGUGAUGAUGACGACUACAUGGGUGACUUUGAUGAUGGAGAUGAAGGGGAUGAGGGUGGAUUGUUUAGGAUGCGAUCUGUUUUUGAGGAGCUUUUUGAUAGGAAGUUUGUAGAUGCUGUCUUACAUGAGUGGCAAAAGACAAUGAUGGAUUUGCCUGCUGGGCUCCGGCAAGCGUAUGAAAUGGGUUUGGUAAGCUCUGCUCAAAUGGUGAGGUUCCUAGUAAUCAAUGCAAGACCAACCACUGCUCGGUUUAUUUCUCGAUCUCUACCACAAGGAUUAUCUAGGCAAUUCAUUGGCAGGAUGAUUGCAGACCCAGCUUUCCUAUAUAAGCUUCUUUUAGAUCAGGCUGCUACAAUUGGUUGUUCUAUUUGGUGGGAAUUGAAGAACCGUGGAGAAAGGAUAAAACAGGAAUGGGAUCUGGCACUUAUUAACGUGCUGACGGUAUCAGCCUGCAGUGCCGUUGUUGUUUGGUCACUUGCUCCUUGUCGUUCGUAUGGAAAUACAUUCCGGUUUGACUUGCAAAAUACAUUACAAAAGCUUCCAAACAACAUUUUUGAGAAGAGUUAUCCACUCCGAGAAUUUGACUUGCAAAAAAGAAUCCACUCAUUCUUCUACAAGGCUGCAGAGAUGUGUUUGGUUGGGUUAACUGCUGGAGCAGCACAAGCUGCUUUGACAAAACUUUCAGCCAGUAAGAAGGAGGGAAGGUUAUCUGUUACAAUACCGACUGUCUCUACAAAUGCACUCAGUUAUGGAGCUUUUUUGGGACUUUAUGCAAACCUGCGAUAUCAGCUGCUAUGUGGAGUUGACAGAGCACUGUUUAACCAUUUUGAUGUUAUUGGGGUGGCGUUAUUUUUUAGUGCUGCAUUGAGGAUUCUGAAUGUUCAAAUUGGAGAGACAUCAAGGCUGGCUUGGCUUGGGGUAGAGGCAGAUCCACUGGUUCAAUCAGAUAACCUGUUGAAGGCUUACAACAGGCCAUCUAAGGACGAAGCCAGGUCUUCUUCAAACUGGUUCAUCUCGAAGAAUGCCAUUGUUUCUGGGCUGGGCCUCCUGGGUAUCAAGCAUGGGACUGCUGACCAUGCUGCUGAAGAAGACAUGGCACCUCUCAAAGCACGGAGGAAGAGAGUUAUCAGGAGAAAGGUGACUGCUAGUUCAGCAUAGAACACAUUUCUUCAUUUGUAUCACAGACCAAUUUUGUAGCUGGCGAAUAUUCAAUUUUCAGCCAUCAGGCUGUGC